AUGGCGGCGAAAAACAAACCGAAAAUGGACAAGGCGGCAUUUUUUGCACAAAAAACUUCCAAGCAAAAGAAACCACCGGAAAGGGAACAAGAUGGCGCCGAUGAAGGAGUGGAGGUGCAGACAUCAGACACAGAGAAUGAAACCCAGACGGGGAACGAGGGGCCAAUAACUGAGUCCAGAAUGAAAUCUCUGCUGGAAACCUUAAAUACAUCCCUGCUGCACCAAUUCAAAGAGGUAAUAGCCUCGUGACGUGACAGAGCUGGGCGAGCGCACAUCACAUAUAGAAAACAAAAUGGCGGAACACGCAGAGGCCCAUAACAGCAUGGCAGACGCCAUGCAAGAAUUGGAACACAAACUCCAAGCCCAUGAAGAAAAGCUAACUGAUCUGGAAGACCGUUCCAGGAGGAACAAUGUGCGCAUAAGAGGCAUUCCGGAAGAAAUAGAUGGCAAACAGCUGCUUCAAUAUACCACAACAUUCUUUGCCAAGCUCAUACCGGAGGUAGACCCAGACCUUCUGGUUAUAGACCGCAUACACAGAGUCGGGAGGCCGAAACACAUCCCGAUCUCAUCGCCACGUGACGUGUUAAUGAGGAUCCAUUAUUUUCACGUUAAAGAUCAAAUUAUGAAAGCCAGCCGCAAAAAUCGCCCCUUGGCAGAAUACAAAGCGCUUCAAAUCUACGCAGACCUUUCCCCAGCCACUCUACUGCAACGCCGGAACCUAGCGCCCAUCACGACCACUCUACGGGCGCAAAACGUGCCUUAUCGCUGGGGAUUCCCCACCAAGAUCCAGGUGCUAAAAAAUUGA